AUGAAUCCAGCUGUUGCCCCACACGAGUUUCUGCCAAAGGUGGACUUCUUUGUGCUUUUCUCUUCCGUGGCGGCCAUGUUGGGAUCUCGUGGUCAAGCCAACUACUGCGCUGCCAACACCUUCCUUGAUGCCUUUGCGCUGCACCGAUGUCUUCCAGCUUUGUCCAUUCAAUGGGGACCGUGGGCAGAAGUGGGCAUGGCUGCUCGGGCAGGGACGAGGGAGAGUGGCGGCUACUUGCGGCUGGAUCCGAGCGCAAGUUUGCAGGCACUGGGCGCAGCUUUGGCUGCCACACCCUCACCUAGUGGUGUUCUGGGGAUUUCGCGCAUCGAUUGGUCUUCUUUCCUCGCCGUGCAGCGGAAAGUGCCGUGCUUCCUGACAAACUUCAAGCACCUGAAGAAAGCCGCAGGUGCGAGCAUCCGUGGUGAAGGCGUGUCAGAGGAAUUCAUCAGUUCCACCAUCAUCGACGCACUGCGCAGUGUUAUUGGAGAUCCUGAUUGGACAGACUUCUCUGUUCCAUUCAUGGACAUGGGACUGGACUCCCUGUCUGUCGUGGAGUUCAGAAACUUAGUUCAGGCGUCGUUCGAGGGCGUCCAUCUGGCUUCCACAGUCAUCUUUGACUUUCCCACUGUGACGGAGUUGACUGGCUUCAUCUCUGCCAGGGAAACAGUGGCUCGUGAGCAUGUUCAUGCAUAUUUCAUUGCUGCCACGCCACCCUUGUUUACAGCUUUGCGCAUCCGUUUGGCAGAUGUGCGAGAUUUCAACGUGUCAGAGCCGGUGGCGAUUGCUGGCUGUGCCGCUAGAUUCGCUGGCUGCAACGGAAACAGCCCCGAUGAGUACUGGAGCAUGUUGAGGGCGGGUCUGGAUAUGAUAACCGUGGUGCCCAGUGAGCGAUGGGACAUUGACCUUUACUAUGAUCCGGAUCCCAGCGAGCCUGGCAAGAUGCGGCUUGGAGACCAAACGGUUGGGACGCGUUUUAGUGUGGCGCAGUCGCUUGCAGUGAUGGGCUUCAAGUCAAGGUACACGCGUUUUGGCGGUUUCAUUUGCGGCUUGGAGGGCUUUGACAACGUCAUGUUUGGCAUCGCGGAACCCGAAGCUCAAGCUAUGGAUCCGCACCAGCGAAUCUUGCUUGAAGUUGUCUAUGAGUCCUUCUGGAAUGGCAGGCAGAACAAGGACAUUGUGGAGCAGAAUUCGCAUGCCCUGCAGUUACAGUCAACUCUGGUCGCGUUUGAUUGCGCUGUGCAAGCCGAGCGACUGGGCAAGUGUGACAAGAGUGCCGUGGCUGGCAGCAACCUGCAGCUGUGUCCGAAUACGUGGGUGUCUGGGACAUGCAAGCAGUUCUUGCGCAAGUGUGAUUCGUGGUUUUCCUGCACCUCGAACCUAUUCGGCAUGGCUAGGUUGGCCAGCACCAAGUUGCUACGGCUCUUGGCGUGUGUGUCAACCAGGAUGCCGUUGUUCUUUCUCCCCGACAUGCAGGAAGCUGUGGUGAAAGUCUUGGAGGUCUCCCUUGUGGAAGUACAUGGGACAGGCACUUCGCUUGGUGAUCCAAUUGAGGUGAGUGCGAUGAAAGCCACCCUGGGCAAACACCGCAGCGACGAAUCACCGCUGAUCAUGGCCGCACUGAAGUCCAUCAUUGGACACCCAGAAGGUUCUUCUGGCGUUGCUGGCAUCAUCAAGAUGAUCAGCGAAUUCACCCACAGGAUGCUUCCAAAGAAUUUGCACUUGAAGAAGAUGAACUCGAACAUUGACUUGACCGCUUUCCCUGUCAUCAUGCCGGACAGCAUCAUUGAUUGGAGAGGAUCUCGUGCUGUCGCUGGUGUCACUUCUUUCGGGUUCUCGGGCACAAACAGCCAUGGAAUUCUGGAAGCUCCCGAGGACGGGUAUGGCAAGGGCACUAGGCUUGAGAGGCCUGACAAAGUUUCUUGGAAUCGGAGGCGUCAUCCUAUGCCUUCUGACCUGCAGUCUGGAGUUUCUUCCAAGCUUCAUUCGAAGCCCACCUUGCCAAGCGCUUUGCGUCAUCGUGCUCGUGAUGAGCUGGCAGUUGAGGUGGACGAGGUGGUGCAAGGUGUUGUCACAAGAUUUCUUGGAUCCAAGCCUCCUGACGACAUGCCUUUGAUGGAAGCGGGCCUGAACUCGUUAACUGCCGUGGGACUCCGGGAUGCAAUUUCCAAGGAGUUGGAAGGCUUAAAGCUUCCAAGCACCCUCAUCUUUGAUUGUCCGAGCCCAAAGGCCAUCUCCGAAUAUGCUACUGAAGCCAUGUCUUCCCCCGGUUCCCCUUCAUCCACGCGGGCAGCCACCGGCCGGGUGCGAACUGGCGGCAGUGGUCAUUCACCUGUCUCUCUGGACAUUGUGUUCCCUGGAGAUCUGGAUUCUUACACCGACGAGGAGAGACAAAGCCUCAAAUCACAGUUGCUGGAGCAGAUCUUGGCAAGGACGGGUUUAAGAGCUGAGGAGGUCAAGAACUUGGAUUUCGAACCUGGGUCCGAUAGCAUUUUCUCGGCCAGAGCCAACUUCAGUCCGAAGGUGCUUGUGGAAGCUGGCGACUCAAGGAUUGCGGGGGUGCCUUUCACUCUGGAACUUGCCAGCAGACCAUCGCUCUCGUCGUCCAGCGUGUUGGCAGCAGAGGCAGUUCCAGCUGCAGCACAUCCGGCCCAACAUUCCAGCCUGCAGCUUGCAGCCAACAGAGCAGCUUUUCGGUUCCCAUUCGAGGGAGCAACGAUGGAGGAAUGCUGGCAAGUACUGAGCCAGAAGUCAGAUUGUGUGAGUGAGAUUCCGAUGGAGAGAUGGGAUGUCGAUGUUUACUACCACGAGGACUCUGAAGCUCCAGGAAAGAUGAUGGUGCGUCAUGGUUCGUUCGUGCUAGGAGCCGAUCAAUUCGAUGCUUCCUUCUUCGAGUUGAACCUCAUGGAGGCCAAGGCCAUGGAUCCACAGCAACGGCUGCUCCUAGAGGUUGUCUAUCAUUCGUUCCAUGUGUCUGGCUUCGACAAGAGAUCCCUUAUGGGAAUUGAUGCCGCUGUAGCGGUGGGCCAGUGCAAUAACGAUUGGGGUCACAUGAGCCUCAGUGGCCACGUAUCACAGAAGAUCGGAUCCUACACCGGCCUAGCAGCCUCGCCCUCCCUCUCUUCGAACCGGGUGUCCUACCUGCUUGGCCUGCAGGGCCCAAGUGCGACGGUAGACACAGCCUGCUCAUCCUCACUGGUUGCAGUCGAUAUGACUGCAUCUAACAUUCGUCGAUCGAGGUGCACGCACGGAGCUGCUGCGGCCGUGAACUUGUGCUUGAUUCCAGAGGUGUUCAUUACAUGCAGCAAAGCCCACAUGCUCUCUACAGACGGACGCUGCAAGACUUUCGAUGUGUCUGCCAAUGGAUAUGUGCGUGGUGAAGGGUGUGCCUCGAUCACGAUGUCCCCGUAUGGCGUGCAUGGUGCUUUCGAAGUGGAGCCAGCUGCGGUGCUUGAGGCUACAGCUGUCAAUCAGGACGGCAGGAGCGCAUCUCAGACUGCGCCGCACGGACCUUCGCAGCAGGCGGUCAUCAGGACAGCUUUGGUGGAGGCGAAGAUGGAGCCGCAAGCGAUUGCCUGCAUGGAGACACAUGGCACAGGUACUGCCUUGGGCGAUCCAAUUGAAGUUGGGGCUUUGAGAGGCGUUUUUGCGCAACGCAGUGCAGAUCUUCCACUGGCUCUGUGUGCUGUCAAGACCAAUCUCGGCCGCCAUUUGGAAGGCGCAGCUGGAAUGGCUGGACUGCUGAAGACCCUUUGCAUGCUCGCCCGAAAACGGUCCCCUCCAAAUCUGCACUUCAAAGAGCUGAAUCCCCACUGUGAUCUCGAAGACUUCCCCGCCUGUCUACCAGUGGAAGGUCUUCUUGAAUGGAGCCGGGUGGCUGUGGAUGUGGCAUCCACAGAAACGGGUACGAAAGGUUUUGGGUUUCAAUUUGUGCGCGUGGCUGCUGGCCUUUCGUCCUUCGGAUUUGGAGGUACAAAUGGGCACGCGGUCCUGAAGGACUUUGCAGAGACAAUUCCGGCCGAGGAAGGCCCUGUCUUCAAGCGUCAGUCCUUUGGGUGGGCCCGACCUCAUGCGCUGCUCACGCGGACGUGGCAUACCCUCGAGGGAACGCAGAUUUUUGCCAAGCCCCUGGUGGGCAAGCUGUUGCAGCUUGUCAGUCAUCACGUACUUUUCGGCGAGAUGGUCAUGCCUGGGGCAGCCUACCUUGAGAUGGUGCUCGCUGCUGGUGAGCUGCACUUGAAUGCGGGCAAGCUGUGGAAGAUCCACAAGGUUGGCUUCACCGCGCCGCUAGUUCUACAGCAGGGGCACCAGCCUGGAAAGUUGGUGCGGGAUAUUGACAUGUACUUGGAAAUUUUCCCGGACAAGCAUUGGUCAAUUUUCAGCUUUGACGCAAGUGAGGGCAGGAAGCUUGCAGACCAUGCGGAAGGUGAACUUGACCUGAAUUGUCUUGCCAACGUCGCAUCCCCCUAUGUGGAUCUAGACGAGGUGCGUCGGCACUGUGACGAAGAAGUAACAGUGGAUCAGUUAUAUGUCCCUUUCUCUGCUCUCGGCCUCGUGCUCGAGCGACGCUUCCAGACGGUUCGGCAGAUCUUGCGUGCUGACAAGGAGGUGCUGGCGCGAAUAGUGGCGGAGAAUGAGGACGCAGAGGCUGGCUUCCUUUUCAACCCCACGGUCAUCGUGCCUUGGCCAGCUCAGCACAUGGCAAAGGUCUUACGAGGGUCAGUAGCAGAGUGCGAGUUGCUUGAGAGCUUCGUAGUACUUCAUCCGGCAGCAUUAGCAACACAGGGUGGGAUGAUUCAGCAGAGCACUCCCAUGCGGAGUCUUCAUCUGUCUACUCGUUGUGCCUGCUGGAUCUUUUGGCCUGGGGGGCGGAGUGAUCAGAGGGCAACUCUGACUGGGAGCAUCAAGUCGGCGGACACUUAG